AUGUAUUAUAAUGAAAUUACAUUUAACGAUCCAAAUACUGAUGAUGAUUUAGAAAUUAUUACUGAAGAACCUAUUGAAAUCGAAGAAACUUUAAAUUUAUCCAAUUCAAGAUUUUUGCAAGUUACAGAAAAUAGUGGGAGGGCUAAUAAUAAUGAACUAGAAAAUGAACCAUUUGAUUUGGAAGCAUUUUAUCAAGAGGAGGAUUAUAAUCCGACAGAGUUAGCAACAAUGUUCUUAAAUUAG